CUACUACAGUUUCUACAGGAAUUUUCACAACAGACCAUCUCUAGGACCCAUGAAAUCAAGAAACAAGUGGACGGACUGAUUCAGGAGACUAAAGCCACAGAUUGUCGCCUUCAUAAUGUCUUCAAUGACUUCCUCAUGCUGUCUAAUACCCAGUUCAUCGAAAACCGUGUGUAUGACGAAGAAGUGGAGGAGCCGGUGCUCAAGGUGGAGGCCGAGAAGACAGAGCAGGAAAAGACCCGGGAACAAAAAGAAGUAGAUCUGAUUCCUAAAGUCCAAGAGGCCAUGAACUAUGGUUUACAAGUACUGGAGAGCGCCUUUGAGCAACUUGACAUAAAAGCAGGGAACUCGGACUCUGAAGAAGAUGAUGUUAACGAGCGGGUGGAACUGAUUCUUGAACCUAAGGACCUGUACAUUGACCGCCCCUUGCCCUACCUCAUUGGCUCUAAACUCUUCAUGGAGCAGGAAGACGUAGGACUCGGAGAGCUCUCUAGUGAAGAAGGCUCCAUGGGCAGUGAUCGAGGCAGCAUUGUGGACAGUGAAGAGGAGAAGGAGGAGGAGGAGUCAGAUGAUGAUUUUGCCAAUCAGAGUGACAACAAUCAAAACCAGCACACCACACAGAUGAGCGAUGAAGAAGAGGAUGAUGAUGGCGACCUCUUUGCUGACUCUGACAAGGAGGAAGAUAUUGAGGACAUUGAAGAAAAUACUAAGCCAAAAAGGCCCAUGUCAUUUGCCGAUGAGUUGGCAGCUCGGAUCAAAUGGGAUGGAAGCCGUGUGGGAGAGGAACAGGCAGCCUUGUCCUCAGGAGAUCCCAAACCUCGGAAGACACUGAAAGAGAAGAAGGAAAGAAGGGCACCUUCUGAAGAUGAAGAAGAUAACUUAUUUGCCCCACCCGAGCUGACUGAUGAAGACUUCUCACCUUUCGGUUCCGGGGGUGGCCUGUUCAGAGGUGGGCAGGGCCUCUUUGACAGCGACAAGGAUGAGGAGAGUGACCUCUUCAGGGAGGCCCCCCAGGACUGGCACACCCCAGCCCCCGUGAAUGACGAGUCUUCCUCCUCCUCCUCUAAACCUGGAAAGAAAAUCCCAGCAGGAGCUGUUUCUGUAUUUUUGGGGGACACAGAUGUGUUUGGGGCCCCGACCUCUCCGAUGCUGAAGGAACCCCAGAAGCCUGAGCAGCCUACUACGGGGAAGAGCUCUUAUGUCCCCCCUGCUAGUGGUCUCUUCGAUGAUGAUGAUGAUGAUGACGAUAACUUUUUCACAGGGUCCAGCAGCAAACCUUCCAAGACAGACAAAAUCAAAUCUACUGCCAACAUCUUUGAUGAUGAAGAAGGUGAUCUUUUCAAAGGAAAAGCAGCAGCUGUGCCCGAAGCAGCUGGGAAACAGAGAGAUGAAAGCAAAGCAGAAGGCAAAGCAAGGGUGGAGCAGACGGUAACCCUACCUUCCAGCAAAAAUCUCAAGCUCUUGCCAGAAACAAAACCUCAAAAAGGUUUGUUUUCAGAUGAGGAGGACUCAGAGGAUUUGUUUUCUUCUCAAAACCUGAGUCAGUCCAAAAGUGCGUCUCUACUGCCCAGCAAGCUCCCCACAUCUGUCUCCCUUUUUGAUGAUGAAGAUGAAGAGGAUAAUCUUUUUGGGACAGCUACUGCCAAGAAACAAAUGCCAUCUCUACAAAUUCAGAGUCAGGAGAAAGCAAAACCCUUGGAACAACACAAAAAUAAAGCCUCUGCCUUACUGUUUAGCAGUGACGAAGAGGACCAGUGGAGCAUCACUGACACACAGACCAAGCCAGCAUCCGACAGCAAAUGCAAAGAAUUCAGCGACACUGGGACCAGCCAGGGCCAGCAGGCCACAGCUAUGAAGAAGGCCAGCCUCUUUGAGGAGGAGGAUGAAGAUGACUUGUUCGCCAUUGCCGAGGACAGCCAUAAGAAGACCCAGAGAGUGUCCCUCCUAUUUGAAGACGAUGCAGACAAUGGAAGCUCUCUGUUUGGCUCUCCUCCCACCUCUACUCUUGCAGCCAUGAAAAAAGAGACUGCCCGUGAGGUGCUGCCUUUGCUGUUCAGCGAUGAGGAAGAGAAGGAACCACAGUUUGGAGUGAAACCUGUGGGCCAGAAGGCGGAGAGGCCCUCCACACCCUCAUUGCUGCAGGGAAUCAGCACAGCUGAGGAGCUGGAAAAGGAAGGACUUUUGACCACAUCUACCCAGGAAGUCAUCGCGCAUUCUGAUUUGUUUUCCCCAGCAACCCCAUUGGAUAAAGGAACUACGGGUAGAACUAAAACUGUCCUUAGCUUGUUUGAUGAGGAAGAGGAUAAAAUGGAAGGUCCAGACAGCACCCGUGCUCCACAGACAGAAGUGGGAAAGGGUCCUGAUCCCAAUGCUCGACCCAAGAGCACAGGUGUCUUCCAGGAUGAAGAGCUUCUUUUUAGCCACAAGCUCCAAAAGGACAAUGACCCAGAUGUUGACCUUUUUGCUGGCUCUCAAAAGACCAGGUUGGCAGAGCCGAGCAUGGGGAGCCUGUUUGGUGAUGAUGAAGAUGACGAUCUUUUCAGCUCUGCCAAGACCCAGCCUGUGGUACUGGAAAAAAAGAAGGUGGUAAAAAAAGACAAUUCUCUUUCCUCUUCGAAGAACCAGAAGCAUCUCGAAUCUACUCAAGAUAUCAAAGAGAAAAGCAUAUGGAAACCAGAAACAGCACAGGAUUCAUCAGGUCUCACUCCACUUAAAACCAAAGAGCCAUCCACUCGGAUCGGGAAAAUACAAGCAAAUUUAGCGAUUAACCCGACAGCCUUGUUGCCUGGAGCAGCUCCCCAGGUCCUAGGAGCAAAACCUGUUUCUCCAGAAUUGGCUCUUCCUUCCACGGGACCUGGAAGGAACCUCGUUGUGGAUGGUCAGCCUGCUGCUCCUGGGCAUGGGGAGGCCGGUGUGAGCUUUGAUCUUCCUGCACAGGCAGACACCUUACACAGUGCCAACAAGAGUCGUGUCAAAGUGAGAGGGAAGCGCAGGCCACAGACUCGCGCAGCCAGGCGUCUGGCUGCCCAAGAAUCCAGUGAGGCUGAGGACACGAGUGUCCCUGGAGGCUCCAUCACACAGUCGGCAGAUGGUUCCGCUUUGCCCAAUGGCCGUCAGCCUCAGCCCAGAGCGGCCAGUGUAGAAGUCGGGUCUGAGGAGGCUGUGUCUACUGCUGCUUCACCUAGGGAAAGUGGUCCUGCACCUACGAUGGACAGGAGCCCCUUUGUGAUGGCCCUGAGCCAGCCCAGGGGUGAGACUGACCUGUUUGAUUCUGAGGACAUGUUUUCCAAGAACACAGGAUCGCAGUUCACAGAGAGAGCAAAAACCAAGGCAAAGGUCAUGGAGGUCUCAGCCCACCUGGUUGAGGGAGGCAAAGAGAAGAGCUCCCUGUUUCCUGCCCUCGGUGAGGCCUACAGCGAUGAUGAUCUCUUUCAGUCUGUUAAGCCGAGACCAGAAAAGAAAACAAACCCUUUUCCCCUCUUGGAUGAUGAGGACGAUCUCUUCACUGACCAGAAAGGCAAGAAGAAUGAGCCCAAGCGCAGCAGUCAGCAGGAUUUUGUAUCAAAAACACAAGAUAUUUUUGAGGAUGAUAUAUUUGCUACAGAAGCAGUUAAACCAUCACAAAAAAAGAGACAGAAGGAGAGAAAUUUGGAACCCAGCUUACUUGAUGAUAACAUUGAUAUCUUUGCUGACCUAACCCUAAAACCAAAAGGAAAGUCCAAAAAGAAAGUGGAAGCUAAGUCUAUCUUUGAUGAUGAUAUGGAUGAUAUCUUCUCUGGUCUCCAGACUAAAACAACCAAACCAAAAAGCCGAUCUGCACAGACAGCGCCUGAACCAAGAUUGAAACACAAGGAGUCCAACAUAUUUGAUGAUCCCCUGAAUGCUUUUGGAGGCCAGUAGAGCCUGUGUAGUAUCUGUGUCUCGCCCUUCGGUUACAUUCUUUAGUUAGAGAUGUUGACUUACAUGCCUAUUGUCCUACCUGAAUUAUAAUAAAGACAAAUACUGAAACAGCUAA